AUGGAGCAGUGCGUGGCCCUCGUGGAUUACGAGGCGGCGGACCCUGACGAGAUCAGUUUCCGGCGUGGCGACGUCAUCGCGGUGACCGCCAAGGGAAGCACCUCCGGCUUCUGGGAGGGGUUCGUGGCGGCGCCGGGGCGCGGACCCGCGGCGACGAAGGAGCCCCGCGGCCUUUUCCCCAACUGCUUUGUGACGUCCAACCUGCGGCGGUGGGAGAUGCCCACGUUCUGCGACAGGGCCCUCUGCCUGUACGACUACGCAGCUGCAGAUGCGUCGGAGAUGUCCUUUCGGAAGGGAGAUCGUCUCCGACUGGCGCGCCCCAGCGCCUCGCCCGGGUGGUGGUUUGGCGUCAACGAGAGCGACGCGGAGCGCGCGGUGGGGAGGCGGCAGGAGGCGGCGGGCGAAGUUGCCCCUGCGGCUGCGUCGCUGACGGAACCGCGCCUUUUUCCGAGCAACUUUGUGACGUGCGACAUUGUUCGCGCCGCCCACUCCUUUGAGGCGCGGCACCGGCACGAGUUGAGGUUUGAGGCCGGCGACGUCGUCCAGGUGCACCGCAGGUGGAAUGACGGGUGGUGGGAGGGAACGCUGCGGGGCCGCCGCGGUGUGUUCCCGAGCAACUACACCGUUCCCAACGUGGCCACCACCACCCCGCCCUUCUUUUGCAACGCCUGCAAGACCGUCUUUGUCGAGGACCCACCGCGCUGCAGGAAGUGCGCCGACGGAGAGGAGGUGACGCGGUGCAUGCUCGCGGCCCUGGACGACUACGCCGCGGGAAAGCUGAGUGAGCCGGACCUCUUUGCAUACGUUGAAGUUGGGGUCGCAGGAGUUUCUGCACAGGGGGUGGGCACUGCGGGUGCGUGA